AUUUAUAAACACACAAUGGAAUUGUUAUUACGUACGAUUAGAAAUUCAAAUAACUUUUUAGGUACUGUUUAUAUUUGUCACUCAGCAUUUUAUUCAAAACAAGUUGGAAAUGCCAUGAAAAAAGUGAUGGGUGGAUCAAAGAAAAAAUUUAAAUACAAUGAAGCACCUCCAAUGCCAAAUCCAAACGCGUUCAGUAAAGGGGCCUUUGAAGGUAAACAGUCAGUAAAUGCGAGGAGGGUUAACGUCUUAAAUAAAACCUUUAUGAGAUACAUAACAGACCUUAUGGCUAGUGGAGAGUGUGCCCACGAGUUUUUAGGACAUGGUAUUGAAAUAAAUAAAGUGCAGGUUAUGCCAGACUACAAAUAUUUACAUGUGUUCUGGAUUGCAAAAGGCACUGCCAACGACGAGGUUGUUGACAAAAUUUUGACUAAAAAUGCUGGACUUUUAAGGCAUGAAUUGUCGCAGUUGAGAGUUAUGGGGGUAAUACCAAAGUUGACCUUUAUUAAGGAUAAAAAGUAUUCAGAAAUUGUUGAGUUAGAUAAUAGAUUAAGUAAAGCGGAUUUUGGGGAGGAUUACACUCCAACAGAACCUUAUAUUAUAUUGAAAUCCCAGUUUGAGUUGUUCACACAACUAGAUAAGGAUACAAAGAUAAAAAUUGAAAAAAUAGAUAAUGAAAUAGAUGAUUCUGAAUGGGAAGAACAACUUCCAAAUAUGCCUCAAAAUGUACUGGGAUUGGAUCAUUCAGUUAUUUUAGAUAGGAUACAAAAAGCAAUGAAAAAGUCAGAAGCACUGCAUAGAUUAACUAGUUAUACUGAAGAUGUAAAAUCUGUGACAAGUACAAAUGAAAAUCCAGUAGAAUACACUAGUGGGCAAUCACAAAGGAUGGCUUUUAAAGAAUUCCUGCAUAAACGACAGAUUACUCGUUAUAAGAAUAAAUCAGAAGACAAAAACUACAUCCCAGACAUGGAGUAUAUAGAAGAGGAACACAUGGAAAAAAGAAGGCAAUUUAUAGACAGCUUAGAUAUAACUUAUAAGGAUGAUAAUGAUUUUAUCUAUGAACUUGAUGAUGAUGAUAAUAAAAAUGUAUAG